AUGGUGCACUUGGUGCAAACGCUGCAGCAUUGCAUGAUAUUCGACGUGGUUGAACCUGCCUGGCGGGAGAUGAUGACGAGAAUUGGGCAGAAAUCUGCUGGAAUCGAUGGCGUCAAAUUCGACAAGAAUGAGGAGCUGAGAGUGGAAAAAUUGGAUGUUGCGUUUUCAACCCUCGCGUUGGAAUUGAUUAAUUUGGCUUCUGAUGACGCUGGUGUCAUCAGUGCCACGGUGAAAAACAUGCUGCGAAGGCUAAAUUACAACGCGCAUUACUCAGAUGAGAACUCUGCGUUUGUUGACGAAGCAAACGCAGAGAUGGAUUCGCGGCGUUGCUACCUGUGGAUGUUGUUGAUUCUUUUUGAAGCUUGUUUGAUAAACGGAGAAAUGUUCGACGGUUGGAAAGAGGGGCUGUUCUCUUUGGGCGAAGGGAUCGCGACUGUGGCGCGGACUGUUGUGGACGUCGGCACCAUCAUCAACGACGCCGUCGAGGAGGACUGCGAAUAUUCGUGUCCGUCGGGGUUUGAACCAUUGCCAAGAAGAGACCAUGUGGCGACGGCAAAUGGGUGCGGCUCGUACGGGUUGCAGCUUCAAGAUGUCGGGAUUACCGGUGUGAAUUUUGAUCCCUGCUGCAACUCUCAUGAUAUUUGUUAUGACACAUGUGGAACUGACAAGGAUAUCUGUGAUCUGGAGUUCAAGAAAUGUUUGUACAAACAGUGCAAGUCUCCGCACCUUCAUUACAACAUACUUGAAGUCAAGACUUGUUUGAUAAACGGAGAAAUGUUCGACGGUUGGAAAGAGGGGUUGUUCUCUUUGGGCGAAGGGAUCGCGACUGUGGCGCGGACUGUUGUGGACGUCGGCACCAUCAUCAACGACGCCGUCGAGGAGGACUGCGAAUAUUCGUGUCCGUCGGGGUUUGAACCAUUGCCAAGAAGAGACCAUGUGGCGACGGCAAAUGGGUGCGGCUCUUACGGGUUACAG